UUGGAGACCUUGGACAGGACAGCUCUGACGAUAACCACAGUGUGACUCAUGGCCCACCUCUCACAUCAGAUGUACCCUUUUGGCCAGAUUAUCAGGAUGAAGGAAUAGAAGACAUCAUAAGAGGAGCUCAAGAGCUUGAUAACAUCAUCAAGCAAGGAUACCUGGAGAAGAAAAGCAAAGAUCAUAGCUUCUUUGGGUCAGAGUGGCAGAAGCGAUGGUGUGUUGUCAGCAGAGGCCUCUUCUACUACUAUGCUAAUGAGAAAAGCAAGCAGCCCAAAGGGACCUUCCUCAUUAAGGGCUACAGUGUCCGGAUGGCCCCCCAUCUGCGAAGAGACUCCAAGAAAGAAUCCUGCUUUGAACUGACCUCCCCGGAUAGGCGCAGCUAUGAGUUUACAGCUACUAGUCCAGCUGAAGCCAGAGACUGGGUAGAUCAAAUAAGUUUCUUACUGAAAGAUCUGAGCUCCUUCGCCAUUCCCUAUGAAGAGGAGGAGGAAGAGGAAGGAAAGGAGGAAGUGGAAGAGACAUAUGAUGAUAUUGAUGGCUUUGAUUCCCCAAAUUCUGGUUCCCAGUGCAGAUCCAUCAUCUUGCCUGGGAGUUCAGGGAUGCAAGAGCCCACAGAGGAGGAAGAGGAUAUUUAUGAAGUCUUACCAGAUGAUGACCAUGAUCCAGAAGAGGAUGAGCAUGGCACUCGACGAAUAGGAGUGGACUAUGCCAGUUAUUAUCAGGGCCUAUGGGAUUGCCAUGGUGACCAGCCAGACGAACUGUCCUUCCAACGGGGUGACCUUAUCCGCAUUCUGAGCAAGGAGUACAGCAUGUAUGGCUGGUGGGUAGGAGAACUAAACAGCCUCGUGGGGAUUGUUCCCAAGGAGUAUCUCACCACUGCCUUUGAAACGGAAGAAAGAUGAAGCGACACAUUCUUCUUUCUGUUCUGCAUUUAUGAAGAAACAAAUCGUCAAGAGCUCCCACUCCCUGUUCUGACCAUACUCACCUCUCUCUUCACUGAACAGAACCAAGUCUCUGCCACCACGUGUGACUGUAACCAUAAUAAAAUAAGUGGGAAGAGGCCCAUUUACCAAAACUGUUACUAAACCAGCCUCUUAUCCCCACACGUACCCACAACCCCACACACCCACACCUGCCCUUUCCACAGGCUUAUCACAAAGAAGUGCUGAGAAGGAAACCUGGGAG